CAGGAAGAAAACCUCUGUUUAAUGCUGAAUGAACUUUACAAAAUUUUAUGGUCAUUUCGGAUUUUGAUAAAACGCAUUUCCAAAAAAAACAUGGAACAGUUCACAAAUUUUAUUUUAUAUUAAAUACCAACCCAAUCACAAAUGAUGGUGAAACUCUGGAAGAUGUGGAACCCUUCACGUACCUUGGAAGUAUCAUCAAUGAACGUGGAGGAUCAGGUGCAGACGUAGUGGCAAGGAUUAGCAAAGCAAGGACAACAUUCCUACAAUUGAAGAACAUAUGGAACUCAAAACAAAUGUUAACCACCAUCAAAGUCGGAAUCUUCAAUACGAACGUCAAAACAGUCUACUGUACAGAGCUGAAACUUAGAGAACUACUACAACCAUCAUCAAGAGGGCAUAAGCAUUUAUAAAUAGUUGUCUACGCAAAAUACUCAAAAUCCGUUGACCGGAUAUUAUCAGCGACAGCCUACUGUGGGAGAGAACGAACCAACUCCCAGAUGAAGUGGAAAUUAGGAAAAGACGUUGGAGGUGGAUAGGACAUACAUUAAGGAAAUCAUCAAACUGCAUCACAAGGCAUGCUCUAACUUGGAAUCCUGAAGGAAGGCGGAAAAGAGGAAGGCCAAAGAACACAUUACGUAGAGAAAUAGAAGCAGAUAUGAAAAGGAUGAAUAACAACUG